UCUUUGGGCUCUGUCCCUGUGAGACCCAAUUUUUGCUGCACUCAACGCCUCUUUAGCGGCGGGAUUUGUCGGGCUGACCGGCUUGAUUGCGAGAUCUUUCUUGUCAGGGCCUGGCAAGAGAGGUGUUCUGGCCAAAGUGAGGUCCGGCUCUGGGUUUUACGUCGGCUUGGUGGGUUGCGAUUGGAAAGGAAAAGUCCUUCGAGAGCCCCGAAUUGUGCCAGAAACUAG